AUGUUCGGACGAUACGAUACGUGCCAGACCGUGAACAAGCCGGUGCGCGACGCGGUCUACUACAGACUCAAGUCCAUCCAGCGACGCGCCGUGCGUCCAGGACUGGUCUCGCCCGACUGGGAGACCAACCUCUACUUCUGCGGUGUCGUCAACAAGUACCAGAACAACCACUCUCAUGAAGCCGCUCUCGGCGUCAUUCACAAGCGCCUGCUCGCCGGACUCCGUCGCGUCAAGCGUUCCAACCGAAUCACUUACCUCUCCCUCAUUCUGUUGGAGACCUGCAUGAAGAACUGCGGCACCCGGUUCCACUAUGUGGCGGCCGACGAGGCCCUGUUCAAGACGCUGCUGCGCCUGGCCCGCCCGCGCAUCAGCGGCAAGCGCAUGUUCGGCGUGAGCUCGUCGGGCAACUACAUGCGCGACCUCAUGGAGGAGCGCGUGCUGCUCCUCAUCCAGGCCUGGGGCAAGGCCUUCAGCGACCGCACCAACGGCCGCAUGAGCCUGUACACCCACCACUACAGCCAGCUGCGGUCCAAGGGCGUGCGCUUCCCGCCCGAGCGGCCCGAGGACGAGGUCUUCUCCAAGCAGGAGAAGGAGGCCCAGGGCCGGUCGUCGCGCAACACGCAGAUGGACGAGGAGGAGGUCAAGUCGAUCCUCAACCCGCUCAAGGAGUCGAUGGACGUGCUCGAGGAGAUGCUCAACUCGCUCGGCCCGCGCGACAACCCCGAGAAGGACCCCGUCAUCCAGUCGCUGGUGAGCCUGUGCAAGGAGGCCAAGCCGCGCGUCAUCAAGCUCAUCGACAAGUGCGUCGACAACGAGCACCUCACCGAGUUCCUCAUGAACACCUUCGACCGCCUCGAGGAGCUCCUCAGCCAGCACGAGAUCAAGUGCGGCCGCACCACCGGCGCCCGCCCGCUCAAGUACGAGACCUCGCGCCCGCCGCGCGAGGGCGGCGCUCCUCGCAGCGGCAAGUCGUCCAAGUCGAGCCGCGGCAAGCAGGACGACAGCGACUAUUCGAGCGACGACAGCGACGAUGACGACGGCGAGGAGAACUACGACGACGAGAGCGACGACGACGACUACCUGCGCGGCAGCAACAAGGGCGGCAACGUGCCCAAGGAGAAGAAGGGCAGCUUCGGCACCCUCUCGCGCAAGCGCAGCACGUCGCUGCCCCCGCGCGUCCAGCAGAACCCGACCUCGCCCUCGCAGCAGCAGCUCCAGCAGCACUACCAACAGCACCAGCAGCAGCAACAACAGCAGCGCGCCACCCAGAACAUGUCGGCCCCGUUCGCGCCCGUCGCCUACCAGCAGCCCCUCUAUGGCGCCACCCCGCAGCCGCAGGCCGUGCCCGGCGCCCAGGACGACUACCAGCAGCAGCAGCUCCAGCUGCAGCAGCAGAUGCAGAGGCUGCAGAUCCAGCAGCAGCAGCAGCAACAGCAGCUCCAGCAGGCCCUCGCCCAGUCGCCGGCCUCGCCGCUCAGCCCCCGCGGCACCGGCGGCUACACCGCCGGUCAGUUCGCCGGCCAGCCCGGCAGCCAGGGCCAGCAGCAGCCGCAGCGCGUGAUGGACGUCGGCCGCAUGUCGACCGAUGACUUCAACAGGCUCGCCGCCCAGGGCUUCAAGACCAUGGACCCUGCCGCCGGCCACGCGGGUCAGCCAUCGCCCAUGUCCCCGUUCUCGGCAUCGGCACCCUCGAUCCCCUACGCCGGCCCCAUCUCUCCGCCGCACUCAGCUGGCAGCCAGCCCCACCCUCAGCAGCAGCAGCAGCAGCAGCAGCUCCAGCAACAGCAGUACGCCCUCUACCAGCAGCAGCUCGCCCAGCAGCAGCACCUGCAACAGCAGCAGCUCCUUCAGCAGCAACAACAACUGUGGGGCCAGCAGCAGCCCGGCAGCCAGGGCCAGCAGUGGCAGCCGCAGACGCUGGCCCAGCCCUCGAGCAGCCACGGCUCCUUCUCGCUGAUCGACUCCGACCUCGACUUUCUCGCCUCCGUCGGAUCCGGCAAGGGCCAGAUGCCUCAGCAGUACCAGUACCAGCAGCAGCAGCACACUCGCUCGGCGGCCUAA